UCCUAUGGUCCUCUUAAUAGUCCUCUAAUAGUUAAUAGUCUUAAUAGUCCUGUAAAGUCAUGUAAAGAUGGAUAGCAAAGUAUCGGCAUACAUGGCCAGUCUAAGACGCACGUGUGGGAGUGUGUGGAAAUUAUUUAAGACUGCUAGUAAUGUAUCAAGGUCUUUCAAAUUGUAAAUCUAUCACUGAUGACACGUUGUGUAACAAACGAACGCGCCUGCUUGUGUAAGACAGUUUUGUAAGGUAAGACUUUAUUAGCCCCUCCCUCGUGAGGUGCAUCGGUACACAUAUAUAAUUGGUAUACAUAUGCAAUAUAUAUAUUGCAGAAAUAUGACAAGCUGCAAUUUAUCUGGUUUGUUAUCACGGAGCUUCCGAAGCUUUCCUCAGUAGACUAGUUUUGAUCAUGUCAAUUACUGCACCCACCGGCGAAGUUCAUGAUCAAGUGCCGCAUCAUGAAACGAAGAGGACUGAGUAUAAUCUAGUUCAGGUAAAGGGGACGUGGACGAGAAAGAAUCGAAAAACUUUAAGGAAGAAUGAAAAUGAACGCGUGUCAUCUGCCAAAAUACAUGAAUGCAGUGAAGGAAGGGGGACAACCUGGACAGUGGUCAGUCCCAUUGUCUUCACCUAUCAGGUGAUCCAGACCCAAAACCUGCUGGAUCCCAGCAAUGACGCCCUCCUGACUGGCCACAUCAGAGACCCCCAGCAGCUGGAGCUUCUCAGAGGCAGCCACAAGCCUCUUAAACGCUUUGUGGUCAUGGACGAGACAGUCUUCAAGCUGUAUGGCUGCCAAGUCACUGACUACUUUGAGAGUCGCGAUGUCUUGUACAGAAUCCUUCCCCUACCCACAACGGAGGAGAAGAAGUCGAUGGAAAUGGUGAUGAUGAUGCUCAAUGAGGUCCACAAGUUUGGCAUUGACAGGCGCACAGAGCCGAUCAUCGCUAUCGGUGGCGGCGUGUGCCUGGACAUCGUGGGCCUUGCUGCUUCGCUAUACAGAAGGCGCACCCCUUACAUCCGAGUGCCAACCUCUCUCCUCUCAUACAUUGAUGCCAGCGUGGGGGCCAAGAAUGGGGUGAACUUUGCCAACUGUAAAAAUAAGCUUGGCUCGUAUAUUCCACCUGCUGCUGCACUUUUGGACAGGUCCUUUAUUCAAACAUUACCACGAAGGCACAUCUCAAAUGGUAUGGCUGAAAUGCUCAAGAUGGCGCUGAUGAAGCACAAAGGGCUCUUUGAGCUGCUGGAGGAGCAAGGUCGAUUCCUGCUGGACUCCAGGUUUCAGUCCAACAACGUAGACUUGACCUCAGCGGCUGCAGUCACCACUAGGGUGGCAAUCGAGACCAUGCUGGAAGAGUUGGCCCCAAACCUCUGGGAGGACGACCUAGACAGACUGGUGGAUUUUGGCCACCUAAUAAGUCCUGCGCUAGAGAUGGAAGUGCUUCCAGCACUUUUGCACGGGGAGGCCGUGAACAUCGACAUGGCCUUCAUGGUGUACGUGGCCCAUGAGAGGGGCCUGGUGACCGAGGACGAGAAGCUUCGGAUCGUCGACUGCAUGCUGGGGCUGGAGCUCCCCGUGUGGCACCGGGGCUUCACGCUGGCCCUGGUCCAGAGGGCGCUGCGCGAGCGCCUCAGACACUCCGGAGGGCUGGUGAGGAUGCCUCUGCCCACCGGCCUGGGCUGUGCAGAAAUCUUCAACGACACAGACGAUGAAACCCUGUGCCAUGCGUAUGAGAGGUGGUGUGAUGAGCUGGGACCAGGACUUUCCUCGUGAACCUUGACAUCUUAUGAGUUUAUGUUUGACUUCUGUUCCAGCAGCAUUAGGUAUAGUGAUGCCAAGAUCUAUUCUUUUAACAGGCUUUCACCCUGUCACUACUUCUAUAGGUCAUGUGUUCAGUACUUUUGUUCAAAUGGGAUUUCUGAUAGAACUGAAACAUGUGAAUGUAUAUGAUAUUAGUUUAAUAUGGGAUUUUCUAGGUGCUCUUAACCUUUCAAUAAGUCAAACUAUUAAUGUGUAAGGAAUCCAAAUACUGACAUAUUAAACUUUAGUCUGUUAUAACAUGGUAUAUAUUAGCAAAUAUAUCUAACAACUUUUUGUUAUAUAGUUGAUAUAUAUUUGUGUUGCUAACAUGUAUUCUAAAAGCUUUUCUUUGGCGCUUUGAGACCCAUGUUUAAGAUUAUUCAGUGUAAUAUCUAAAUAAACGGAAAAUAUAGAUUAAUGUCUAUCCUGUAACUAUGAUCCACUAUCCACUUGGACUUGGAUCUUCCGGGAGAAAGAUCAUGGACAUCUCAUGAUUCGAUGCAGAGGUGACUUAGGACACCAUCUCCAAAGGUGCCGAUUUUACUUAACUAACUUCAUCAUUUUGAUACCAUUCAGAAUUAUAAAAUACACUGAAUACACAAAUGUGACUAGUAAAAUAAGGACAGAACAGAAAAGGAAAAAAAAAGCUUUUUUUUUAUUUGAAAAUAGGCUGAGAAUUCUAUUUUGGGAAUAGGCAUAUACUUAAUCGAAAACUAUUGACAACUGACAAUCUAAAAUUCAGCACUAAAAUGCAUGUGUCCAUUGUUGUACUACUAAUUGUGUAAGAGAGAACACGUGACAGGGACCCUGGGAACAGCAAGGCAUACAUGUCACUUUGCCCUGGUAAACACUGAAGAGUUCAUGUUACCUGCAAAAAGUCUUACCCAUAUACAGGUCUUUUAAUGUCUAACCUGAAAAAGAAAAGAUCCAAGAUGCUCAAAAGUGCUCCUCAGAAAUAGGCGGUUCGAUCACAUCGGUCUAAUAUAUAACAUUCAGAAAUCUUAAGAACUUCAGAACUUUAUAUACUUCAGGCAUAUUAACAUGUGUUAACAUUCAGCUGAACUGAAUACAUACUUGCUGUACAAAUACCCCAGUGUUCUGCUGUUAAAAAAAGCAAUCGUUGAACAGUGUCAACAGAAGGAGCUAGAUAUACUGCCCUUAAGAACUGGUCUGGUAUUAGGACAUGGUAAACAAGUGGUUUACUUAUUUUAUGUGCUAAAACUACCUGACACUACCUAAUACUGAGUCUUGUUGAAUAGUUCUAGGGCCACUUACAGUUAGACAAUGUGCUAGGGCAAUAGAAAACAAGAUUACUGACAUAUCAUUCAAACUUUGUUAUAAAUAAAGAUAUUUUUUUUCUUACAAAUAUAACAUAUUUUGUGUUUCCUGAAAGAAGUAGUUUUAGAAAACUCCAUGUGCUCCAUGUCCAAUGCUCCCUGAAGCACUGCUGUGUUGUCAUCAUUAUAUACACGUAAGUGAUUGCAUAGAGUUUAUGGUGAAGCAGAGCACUGCUGGAGGACUGACUGACAUCAGCCCUUCUACCAAGCUCAAAGGCUAUCCUGUUAAGAUACUGCUUCUGUUUAU